GGAUUAAAAUAUGAGUAAUUCCUGGAAUGACGCAAAAGUGAUUAAAACUAAGAAGUCCCCGAUUCAAACGUUUUCCUCCCUGCGUGGAUGACCAGAUUUUCUCCCCACCGGGCUUAUUCUCCAACAGAUCUGAUAUCCUCACAUCCUCAUCCGUCGUCCUCACAUCCUCAUCCGUCGGGCUAUUCUCUCUGCCGCCACAGCUUUCCAAUCGCCGCCGUCACAACUCUCCAGUGCCGCCGCUCGCCAACCGCCAUCUUUCUCUUCUUUUUUCUUCUCAUUUUUUCUUACCUCCUGCAACAGCUACCAGUCGUCCUCAUCGCCCGAUUCCCACUCCUUCGCUUGUUGAUGACCGGUGGUCGCGCCUCCGCUGGCCGAUGCUCGAUCGACGUGCCUUGCUUAGCUUCUCCGUCAUCCUAGAUGGACGCCGGUGCUGGAUCCGCCGCCUCUAUGGCCGACGACGACUCCGAUUUAGCUCUACUGGAGCCAGAUCUGUUGUCUUUGAUGGACGACGGUUGCGGUUUGGGAUCGCCGGUCCUGGAUCUGCGUCUUUGGUGGAUGACGGCUGCGAUUUGGGGCCGCCGGUGCCGGAUCCGCCAUCUCGGCGCCGCUGGUGGUGGUGCGACGAGGGUUCCAUUGUGUUUGGGUGGUGGUAUGGCUAUGCUUUUGGCUAACAGAUCCUGGGGGAGGAUAGGGGGCGGGGUAGGGGAGCAGGGGAGGGGGACUGGGGUAGGGGAGCAGGGGAGGGGGACUGGGGGAGGGUGAUCGGACUGGGGCUGGGAGAUGGCGAGCUGAUGUGCACUGCUAAGGGCACGUCAAGGGCAGUGGCGGCUAUAGGUGGUUGUGACGACUGAGGGUUGGGGCUUGUCAACAGCGACUUGGGUAGGCAGCGGGACAGGCAGUGUUCUUGUUGGUGCCAGGACGCCGGAAAAAGGAGCGGGAAAAUUUCCGACUGACAAGGCAGCGGCGAUUUUGGGUGCUGGGGCAUAGGGAUGAGCAUGGGCGGUGGUGUCACUAUGGCCACCGGAGAAGGGCGACGGCAGUGGAGGUGUGGUGGUGGCGAUAGUGACAUGGGCGAUGGCUAUAGUGACACGGGCAGUGGCUAAGUAACGCGAGCGAUGACUACAGUGACACGGGCGGUGACUACAGUGACACGGGCGGUGGCUACAGUGACACGGGCGGUGGCUACAGUGACACGGGCGGUGGCUACAGUGACACGGGCGGUGGCUACAGUGACACGGGCGGUGGCUACAGUGACACGGGCGGUGGCUACAGUGACACGUGCGGUGGUUGUAGUGAUAUGGUGAUGGCUGUAGUUACAAAAAAACGAACACAGUGACAUAAAAUUUUUGCAGUGACAUCAUGUUUUUUAAUUCUACAUAUAUGACCUUCUUGAUCACUUUUUUGCCCGCUUUUAAAAGUGGUCACUUUUUGAGUAAUUGGUUCAAAAUUAGUAAUAUUCAAGUAAAAACCCC